GUGGGGGGGCCGGUUUGUUGUGGUCGCCAUUUUGCUGGUUGCAUUACUGGGUAAUCGGGGCCCUGGCUCGCCGCGUCCGCCGGAUACCUUCAGCCAGUGAGCAGGUCGGAGCUCGGGCUUCCCGAGCAGUUUGAGUUCCCUUGCCCACGCCCUCAGGUCUCAGCGGCGGUGGCAGCCGAGGUGCAGGAUGCGAGAAGGCGCCCCCCGGCCGGGCUCCCGCUCCAGGCCUCGCUCCCCUGCGGCCCUCUGAGCCCACCAUGGCCGUCCCACCAGGCCAUGGUCCCUUCUCUGGCUUCCCGGGGCCCCAGGAGCACACGCAGGUAUUGCCUGAUGUGCGGCUACUGCCGCGGAGGCUGCCCCUGGCCUUCCGAGACGCGACCUCGGCCCCACUGCGCAAGCUCUCCGUGGACCUCAUCAAGACCUACAAGCACAUCAAUGAGGUAUACUAUGCGAAGAAGAAGCGGCGGGCCCAGCAAGCGCCACCUCAGGACUCGAGCACCAAGAAGGAGAAAAAGGUCCUAAACCAUGGUUAUGACGAUGACAACCAUGACUACAUCGUGCGCAGUGGCGAGCGCUGGCUGGAGCGCUAUGAGAUUGACUCACUCAUUGGCAAAGGCUCCUUUGGCCAGGUGGUGAAAGCCUACGAUCAUCAAACCCAGGAGCUGGUGGCCAUCAAGAUCAUCAAGAACAAAAAGGCCUUCCUGAACCAGGCCCAGAUUGAGCUGCGCUUGCUGGAGCUGAUGAACCAGCACGACACAGAGAUGAAGUACUACAUAGUGCACCUGAAACGGCACUUCAUGUUCCGGAACCACCUGUGCCUGGUGUUCGAACUGCUUUCCUACAACCUGUACGACCUCCUGCGCAACACGCACUUCCGCGGUGUCUCGCUGAACCUGACGCGGAAGCUGGCGCAGCAGCUCUGCACCGCGCUGCUCUUCCUGGCCACGCCCGAGCUCAGCAUCAUUCACUGCGACCUCAAGCCCGAGAACAUCCUGCUCUGCAAUCCCAAACGCAGCGCCAUCAAGAUCGUGGACUUUGGCAGCUCCUGCCAGCUCGGCCAGCGGAUCUACCAGUAUAUCCAGAGCCGCUUCUACCGUUCGCCCGAGGUGCUCCUGGGCACACCCUAUGACCUGGCCAUUGACAUGUGGUCCUUGGGCUGCAUCCUGGUGGAGAUGCACACUGGAGAGCCCCUCUUCAGUGGCUCCAAUGAGGUGGACCAGAUGAACCGGAUUGUGGAGGUGCUGGGCAUCCCACCAGCCCCCAUGCUGGACCAGGCACCCAAGGCUCGAAAGUACUUUGAGCGGCUGCCUGGGGGUGGCUGGACCCUGCGAAGGACAAAGGAACUCAGGAAGGAUUACCAGGGCCCCGGGACGCGGCGGCUGCAGGAGGUGCUGGGCGUGCGCAUGCUGGAGUAUGAGCCCGCCGCCCGCAUCAGCCCACUGGGGGCUCUGCAGCACGGCUUCUUCCGCCGCACGGCUGAUGAGGCCACCAACACGGGGCCGGCAGGCAGCAGUGCCUCCACCUCGCCCGCGCCCCUCGACACCUGCCCCUCCUCCAGCACCGCCAGCUCCAUCUCCAGUUCUGGAGGCUCCAGUGGCUCCUCCAGUGACAACCGGACCUACCGCUAUAGCAACCGAUAUUGUGGGGGCCCUGGGCCUCCCAUCACUGACUGUGAGAUGAACAGCCCCCAGGUCCCAUCCUCCCAGCCGCUGCGCCCCUGGGCAGGGGGUGAUGUGCCCCACAGGACACAUCAGGCCCCUGCCUCCACCUCGUCACUGCCAGGGGCUGGGGCCCAGUUACCCCCCCAACCCCGAUGCCUUGGUCGCCCCCUAUCACCAACCUCGCCACCACCCCCGGAGCUGAUGGAUGUGAGCCUGGUGGGCGGCCCUCCGGACUGCUCCCCGCCUCACCCUGCGCCUGCCCCCCAGCACCCGGCUGCCUCAGCCCUCCGGACUCGGAUGACAGGAGGUCGUCCACCCCUCCCACCCCCUGAUGACCCUGCCACUCUGGGGCCUCGCUUGGGCCUCCGUGGUGUACCCCAGAGCACGGCAGCCAGCUCAUGACCCUGCCCCCUCCCUGGGGCCCCUCCUGAAGCCAUACCCCCCCCCCCCAUCUGGGGGCCCUGGGCUCCCAUCCUCAUCUCUCCCCUUGACUGGAAUUGCUGCUACCCAGCCGGGGUGGGUGAGGCCUGCACUGAUUGGGGCCUGGGGCAGGAGGUCAAGGAGAGGGGUUUAGGCUCACCCUCCCCGCUAAGGACUGGACCCUUGGCCCCCUCUCCCCCCUUGUUUUCUAUUUAUUGUACCAAAGACAGUGGUGGUCCAGUGGGCAGGGGGGAGAGCCCCCUCACCCCAGGACCCUAGGAGGGGGUGGGGGCAAGUAGGGGGAGAUGGCCUUGCUCCUCCUUGCUGUACCCCCCAGUAAAGAGCUUUCUCACAU